GCGCGGGGCCUGAUGCCGCUUCCGGCCCGCCCUCUUGCCCGGGCCCCUGGAGGGGAGGCCCGGUUAUAGGCAGCCAAGGAGUCAAAGAUCGCGACUCCGCCUCGCCCGGCGCCGGCCCAGGACCGCGAUGUCGAUUUUGAGCAGCCCCUGCACCUUGCAGCCAGCGAGCUACGGUAGUAGGCAUUGCCGACUCUGUUUGCACACCGGCUGGGAGUGACAGUGUAAUAGAAAAGCAAGAAACCUUUUAGGAAGGACUUCUAAGGCUCAGAGGAAGCUACCUCUAGCUGCCACCAUGCCCAACUCAGUACUGUGGGCAGUGGACCUCUUCGGGAGAGUGUACACGCUGUCCACAGCUGGCCAGUACUGGGAGCUGUGCAAGGACGCCCAGCUGGAGUUCAAGCGUGUUAGCGCCACCACGCAGUGCUGCUGGGGCAUUGCCUGUGACAACCAGGUCUACGUGUACGUGUGUGCCAGCGAUGUCCCCAUCCGCCGCCGUGAGGAGGCCUAUGAGAAUCAGCGCUGGAAUCCCGUGGGCGGCUUCUGUGAGAAGCUCCUGCUGAGUGACCGCUGGCUGUGGAGUGACGUGAGUGGGCUCCAGCACCGGCCGCUGGAUGGGGUGGCUCUGCCCUCGCCGCACUGGGAGUGGGAGUCCGACUGGUACGUGGAUGAGAACUUUGGAGGGGAACCCACCGAGAAAGGGGGGUGGACGUACGCCAUCGACUUUCCCGCCACCUACACGAGGGACAAGAAGUGGAAUUCUUGUGUGCGGCGCCGGAAGUGGAUCCGGUACAGGAGAUACAAGUCCCGGGACAUCUGGGCCAAGGUCUUUGUGCCUGAAUGUGGUUUGGGGGCAGGACAGGGCCAGGACAGACUGUCACAUACAGCCUCCUCUCCACCGUUCCCACCUGCGCACCAGGGGACACCACACCCAUCCCAGGACCUGGCCUGUGAGCUGUUUCCUGUCCCAGGAACACCACAGCACUGCAUGUCCCUUUACUUGGGAGAUGGUCAUCCAGAGAGCCAGGCCAGGCCCAGGACAGCACAUAACCUGCUGCCCUGUCCCUGAAUUGCCUCCCAGGUGUGGUACAGAGAGGACGUCAGCCACUCCAACCCUGAAGGGUCCUCCUGGUCCCUGCUGGACACCCCCGGGGAGGUGGUUCAGAUCAGCUGUGGGCCCCACGACCUCCUGUGGGCCACGCUCUGGGAGGGGCAGGCGCUGGUCCGGGAAGGAAUCAACAGGAGCAACCCCAAAGGAAGUUCCUGGUCCAUCGUGGAGCCUCCUGGAUCUGAAAACGGGAUUAUGCACGUCUCAGUGGGAGUAAGCGUGGUCUGGGCCGUCACCAAGGACCGGAAGGUGUGGUUCCGAAGAGGUGUCAACUCUCACAAUCCCUGCGGCACCAGCUGGAUUGAGAUGGUUGGGGAGAUGACGAUGGUGAACGUGGGAAUGAACGACCAGGUGUGGGGCAUUGGCUGUGAGGACCGAGCCGUGUACUUCCGGCAGGGCGUCACCCCCAGCGAGCUCAGCGGGAAGACCUGGAAGGCCAUUGUUGUAGCCCGAGAGUGUGACCGGUCUCACUCUGGCAGCUCGUCCAGCCUCCUCAGUGCUGGCUGCUUCUUCGGUGAUGAGGUGAGGGGCAGUGGCGAGUCUGCGCCCAGCGACACCGACGCGUCCUCGGAAAUCGAGAGACCAGGGCCUGGCCAGCCUCUCCCUGCAGAGCCUCUAGAUGAUUCCAGGAACCCCACAGGGAGCUUGGCCUCAGGCCCAGGGGCUGGCAGGACCACAGAGGAUACCAUGGAGGAUGCCUGCCCAGCGAAGAGCGGCAGGGAGGCCAGGCUCAACACACACCCUGGUCAGGCCUCCACUCUGGCAGAGCUGCCCUGGACCAAUAUUGACCUCAAGGAGCCCAAGAAAGUGCCCAGCCACUCGGCUGCCAGCUUCCCCGAGACCAACAGCCUCUCCUCACUGGGGAUCCUCCCACUGGGCUUGGAGGAGCCAUACGGGGCGGAUGACCACCCGCUGUGGGCCUGGGUGUCGGCAGGUGGCUGCGCGGUGGAGGCUUGUGCUGUGCCCAGGUGGUUCACUGUCCAGGCAGGCCUGUCCCCCUCAGUGCAGACCCUGUCCCUGUCCAUCACACCGGCCCAGACCGCCGCCUGGAGGAAGCAGAUCUUCCAGCAGCUCACGGAAAGGACCAAGCGGGAGCUGGAGAACUUCAGACACUACGAGCAGGCUGUAGAGCAGUCGGUGUGGGUGAAGACUGGGGUGCUGCAGUGGUGGUGCGACUGGAAGCCCCAUAAGUGGUUGGAUGUGCGCGUGGCCCUGGAGCAGUUCACGGGGCACGACGGUGCCCGGGACAGCAUCCUCUUCAUCUACUACGUGGUCCAUGAGGAGAAGAAGUACAUCCACGUGUUCCUGAAUGAGGUGACAGCACUGGUCCCCGUGCUGAAUGAGACCAAGCACUCCUUUGCCCUGUACACCCCCGAGCGGACUCGGCAGAGGUGGCCGGUGCGUCUGGCUGCCGCCACCGAGCAGGACAUGAAUGACUGGCUCGCCUUGCUCAGCCUGUCUUGCUGCGAGAGCCGGAAGGUGCAGGGCCGCCCGUCCCUGCAGGCCAUCUGGUCUGUCACCUGCAAGGGGGACAUCUUCGUGAGCGAGCCCAGCCUGGACCUGGAGGCCCAUGAGCACCCCCUGCCCUGCGACCAGAUGUUCUGGCGGCAGAUGGGAGGCCACCUGCGGGUGGUAGAGGCCAACAGCCGGGGCGUGGUGUGGGGCCUUGGCUAUGACCACACGGCCUGGGUGUACACAGGCGGCUAUGGAGGCGGCUGCUUCCAAGGCCUGGCCAGCAGCACCAGUAACAUCUACACACAGUCGGACGUGAAGUGCGUGCACAUCUAUGAGAACCAGCGCUGGAACCCCGUCACAGGCUACACCAGCAGGGGUCUCCCCACCGACCGGUACAUGUGGAGUGACGCCUCGGGACUGCAGGAGUGCACCAAGGCUGGCACGAAGCCCCCGUCCCUGCAGUGGGCCUGGGUUUCUGACUGGUUCGUGGAUUUCAGCGUACCAGGGGGCACAGACCAGGAGGGGUGGCAGUACGCCAGCGACUUCCCUGCCUCAUACCAUGGGUCCAAAACGAUGAAGGAUUUUGUGAGGAGGCGGUGCUGGGCCAGAAAAUGCAAGCUGGUGACCAGCGGGCCCUGGCUGGAGGUGGCCCCCAUCGCCCUCAGGGACGUGUCCAUCAUCCCGGAGAGCCCGAGUGCUGAGGGGAGCGGGCACAGCAUUGCACUCUGGGCCAUCAGCGACAAGGGGGACGUGCUGUGCCGCCUGGGCGUGUCGGAGCUCAACCCAGCGGGCUCCUCCUGGCUGCACGUUGGCACCGACCAGCCCUUCAUGUCCAUCUCCAUCGGGGCCUGCUACCAGGUGUGGGCCGUGGCGAGGGAUGGCUCCGCCUUCUACCGGGGCUCCGUGUACCCCUCGCAGCCAGCCGGUGACUGCUGGUACCACAUCCCGCCGCCCCCAAGACAGAGGCUGAAGCAGGUGUCCGUCGGGCAGACGUCAGUGUAUGCCUUGGAUGACAACGGAAACUUGUGGUAUCGCCAGGGGAUCACGCCCAGCUACCCGCAGGGCUCCAGCUGGGAGCAUGUGUCCAACAACGUGUGCCGAGUGUCCGUGGGGCCCCUGGACCAGGUCUGGGUGAUCGCCAGCAAAGUGCAGGGCAGCCACAGCCUGAGCCGGGGGACGGUGUGUCAUCGCACAGGCGUGCAGCCCCACGAGCCCAAGGGCCAGAGCUGGGACUACGGCAUCGGGGGAGGCUGGGACCACAUCUCUGUCCGGGCCAAUGCCACCAGGGGCCCCCGGAGCUCAUCCCAGGAGCAAGAGCCGAGUGCUCCACCAGAAGCCUAUGGCCCCAUCUGCUGCUGAGGCGCCCCCCCACACCUAGAUGCAGGGAUGGUGCCCAGUUUGGAGGAUCAAGGCUGAGCCAUUCUUGUGCUGAAGUGUGCAGUGGUGGAGGGAUGUCACCCAGGUGGACUCAGGAGGGAACCUGGCCCCGAGGCUGUGGCCACUUCAGAGGCACUGGCUGAGACAGCCCUGAAAUGUGAAGCUCUGCAGACACUACUGCACGUGUCCCUGUCUGCGAAAGAGCCCCAGGGUGUGGGGCGUGGGGUGGGAGCUGUACCUCCCAGAGGCCCCGGCCCCUCCCACCCUUCCCUUAUGCCUCUCCUUCCUGCCUUUCCAGGACUAGAACCUGGAACCUGGAGCCCGCCAGGAGCACGGGCCCUGGGGCAGCAGAGCCCAGGAUGGAGCCCUACUGAGCUGGCAUCUCAGACAGCACCUGGGUCCUGCCUCCCCCAACCAAGAGAGACGGCCGUUGGGGCUCAGGGCUUCUUUACCAUGUGCAGUGACCCUUUCUUAGAGCAGGACUUGCAAGGAGGCUUUAAUUUCACAAGUGAAGGAAGGAGGCUGGGUAAGGUGGCUCACGCCUGUAAUCCCAACACUUUGGGAGGCUAAGGCGGGCAGAUCACCUGAGGUCAAGAGUUCAAGACCAGCCUGGCCAACAUGGUGAAAUCCAGUCUCUACUAAAAAUACAAAAA